UGGAGCACAGAGCUUUCCAUAAUUUCAAAUCAAAAGAACCUCAGGAAUGAAAUCCAGCAUCCCAGAAGAAUUCUGAUAAGCCACAAAACCCAGAUGUCCUAGAGAUGUUGAAAAAUGUCAAAAUUUUGAAAGAAAAUAAGCUUCAGGAAGAAGACCUUCAGCUAGUGUUUGAUAACCUUACUUUUGAACAAAUUGAGAAGGAUCAAUUUGUGUUUCAUACCGGAGACAAAGGGGAUAAAUUCUAUAUAUAAUUCUUGAAGGCUCAGUAAAAGUACUCUGACCUCUUAAGAACGACAUUGAUCAGGAUGAAAAUCAAGGAGAUCUAUUCGAAAAUACUCAAAUUAAAAUAUACCAAUAAACACCACAGCUCAGAAUGAGGAGGUUAAGUAUCAAGAAAUAGUGACGCUUCAUAAGGGUGCUUACUUCGGUGAGCUAGCACUGAGUGGAAAAAUGAUUAGAAAUGCCACUAUCCUCUGCUCAGAGCCCUGAAAAUUUGCUGUAUUGAACAAGUUUUGCUACAAUAAAGUCAUCUCUAAAAUCCUCAAAAAGAAAUUUAAUGAUAAAAUUAACUUCUUCAAGCAAAUUCCGUAUUUCUGAAAAUGGAGCAAUAUGUCACUGAGCAAGUUCUGUUACGAGCAUGAGUAUGUUAAGUUCAAGAGAAACCAAGUCGUCUUCCAUGAAGGUGAUAAGAGCAAUUAUGUCUAUAUAGUCAAGAAAGGGGAAUUUGAGCUCACAAAAAAAAUCAAGUAUAAGCAGAAUGAUAAUAAGAUCCUUAAAGAUCUGUUCAAGUCCCAUUGCAAUACUAAAUACCAGACGAGUAAAUUUGUGCCGAGAAAGCAAUCCGGACCUCAUACUAUUAAGAACACGCUCAAUAAGAUGAUGAUUAAUAUCCAGUCUAAUAACGAUAAAUUUUCAGGGUUGGGAAAAUGAAGAGUUUCCAUCCUUGGAGUCAACCAGAUCUUUGGACAUGAAGAUUCUUUCAGAAACCGUAGAUAUUCAACAACUUGAGUAUGAACAGUCGGGGGGUUAUUGUUCAAAAUAAAGGCAGCCAACUUUGAGCGUGAUGUUAGACAGUUCUCUGAACAUACUUACACAGCUAUGAUCGAAGACUGUAUAGAAAAGGAGAAAUAAGAUGAACGGAUUUCUCUCAACCAAAGUAUCAAUCCAGUACAACAUCAACAACCCAAAACCUAAGAAGAGUAAGAAGAGCAAGAUGAAAAUUCAGCCUGCAAACAUAAAAGAGCUUUUAUCAAAGACUUCAACAGCUGAGCCAGAGCCUCGGCUGGCUUCGCCUCUAAGCUCAUUGUCUGCGGUGCAGAAGAGCCAGGUCCCGAAGGGGGACCUGGCUUCUACUCGCAAGAGGCCACAGACUUAUAAGCGGCUGAUGCCAGCCAUGUUCAAGGCUGGAUUGAACAGGCGUGCAAGAAGCGGCAAAAAGAGAAGAGAAAUUGAACCCCAGUGGAGUGGUCUCCGAGCGAAGAGUCCAGAAUGAAGGCCUCCUCAUUCUGCAAAACCUACAUCAUUAUCUCCCAAAGUUCUAAAGAGACCGUUUCAGAGCAGUCAUAGAAAAAUUCGAUCAAGAAUAAAAUCGCCUUUUGGAAAACCUAACUUGGAUAGUAGUUUCUUCCUCCAGAGUAGCAGCCUUGUGCUAAGUCAAAGAGUCACAGACUAUACCCCUCAAUUCUCACCAAAUAAGAGAGUGAUGUCCCCUAUCGCUAAAGCUAACCCCCAACCUCCUACCCUUAACUACCCGCUCUAAUCAACCAGAAUCCUCCCUCCAACCCCAAGUUCAGCUCAACCUCUAAACCCCCAA